AGACAAUUUGAACCUAAAUGCACUCAGUUUCAGAGCACUUUGAGGGAAAGAGAACUCGAGAUACAAUAAGAAUUCUAAACCAAAUAUGGGCUCGAUUAAACAGCUAUUUUUGGUCAUUCUUUUUAUAGGUCUGGCAACAGCAGAUGACCGAAAAAAACGACAAGCCAGUUAUGGUGCUCCCUAUGAUGGCAACUAUGGCGGGGCCGCAGCUUAUCGCCAGCCUCACCAACAGCCCCAACCCCAUCAGCAGCAAGCUUACCAACCCCCCCAGGCACAAUCCUACGGUGGACAUCAACAGGUACAACAAUAUCCAGCACAAGCAGCCAGGCCUGUUCGUCAGCAUGCACCUGACGAAGAAGAGAAAGAUGAAGGACCCCAUCCUCUACAGUUGCUUUUAGAAAAGUCCAAAUUUGAUUGUGCGGGCAAAUCUGAUGGCUAUUAUGCAGACAGUGAUGUUGGUUGCCAGGCAUUCCAUUACUGUGUAUCAGGCCAAAAACAUUCGAUGCAUUGUCCAGAGGGAACUGUUUUCCACCAGGUUCACCUCAACUGCGUGCCAAAUGAUCAAGAUAUUUGCUCUAAAGCCAACAAGUUCUAUUUUGUAAAUGAUUAUCUCAAUAAGCCUUUGGAACAGCGUGGACCAAACAAUACUAUCCAGUACCAUCAAAGAUAUUAUCCUGAAAACUAUGCUGUAGGAGAUCCCUUUAUUCCUCCUCAAGAAGCCCAAACAAGCCAAAGAGAACCCCCUGCAGCAACUUACGGAUUGGGACCUGCUUACAGAGAACAAGCACCUGCUGUGAGCCAUCAACAACAAGCAGCACCAGUUCACCGACCACAACAGCCAGCUCCUUAUAGUCCACCCCAGCAACAAGUCUAUGCCGCCCAGCACAGGCCUGCCUACCAGCAACAACAACCAGCUCACAGACCAGCUGCCUAUCAGCAACAAGUAGCUGCUAGGCCCGUAGCCCAUCAGGCACAAGCAGCUCCAAGACCAGUCCCAUAUCAACAAGCCCCACAAGUUGCGUUAUAUGGCUAUGGAGCUGAACAAGAAAGAGCACACCAAGCACAAGCUUUGCAAGCACAGAGAGCCUAUGCUCAGCAACAGUAUCAAGCUGUUGCUCCUCAUCAGCAACAGUACGCCGCAGGUGCACAGCAACAGUACGCCGCAGGUGCAGUUCCUAGGUCUCGGUAUAAUCAACAAUAUUAGGAUUUUAAAUGCUCACUGUAAGUUUGCAGCUGUGUAAUUUGUAAUACCGUUCUAUGAACAGCAUACUUUUUAUGAGCUUAUUUGGAAAUGGGGGUAGAUUAGAACAACACGCACGUGAUAAAAAUAACACACAUUUUGAGACAUUAUUUUGAACUAUUACUUUUCUAAUAACUUUGGUUUGCAAAAUUUAUUUUAAUUUAUAUAUUACUGGUUAAAACUUCUCGAAGUUUAUAUUAGUCAUUAAGUCAGUAAGGGGCACUAUGAUACUAAAUUCAACAAACUGAAAAUUUCUUAACUUUAGUCAGUAUCUCGAUAAGGGUUUCCGGUAUUUACAAGGUUACGCAGCUGCAUUAUUGUAAGAUAAAAAUGAACUUAUUCUCGUGUGUAUAUUAAUUUAACAGUGUUAUGUUCUGCUUGUUGUAACUGUUUGUUUUUAUUGAAAAAUAUACGAAAGGCUUUUUUAUGACCAAAAAUAUGAUUUAUGCCAAUAUAUACGUGAAAUAAAAAAUUUACCAAGCUA